CUACGUCACUUCCUCUUAAGCUCGGCGUUUGGCCGGCGAGUUCCCACGAGCGCUCAACAUGCGGAUUGAGAAGUGUUAUUUCUGUUCGGGCCCUAUCUACCCAGGCCACGGCAUGAUGUUCGUUCGCAACGAUUGCAAGGUGUUCAGAUUCUGUAAAUCCAAGUGUCAUAAAAACUUCAAAAAGAAGCGCAAUCCUCGCAAGGUCAGAUGGACUAAAGCAUUCCGGAAAGCAGCUGGUAAAGAGCUCACAGUGGAUAAUUCAUUUGAAUUUGAAAAACGUAGAAAUGAACCUGUCAAAUAUCAGCGAGAGCUAUGGAAUAAAACUGUUGAUGCAAUGAAGAGAGUUGAAGAGAUCAAACAGAAACGCCAAGCUAAAUUUAUAAUGAACAGGUUGAAGAAAAAUAAAGAACUACAGAAAGUUCAGGACAUUAAGGAAGUCAAGCAAAACAUCCAUCUUAUCCGGGCCCCUCUUGCAGGCAAAGGAAAACAGCUGGAAGACAAAAUGGUACAGAAAUUACAACAGGAUGUGGACAUGGAAGAUGUUUCUUAAAACUCUUACUGUCGGUAACCAUUUGUAUAAGUGCAUCUGGAAAUCUCCUUUGGAGACUUAGAAAUUCUAAAUUAUUGAUUUUUUUUCACAUAAGUGAAAAAAAUUUGAUGACCUACAAUUGCUAUUUGCAGAACAGCAGAUAUUAUGGAUUUGAAUGACCUACGUUGUUAUUUGCAGAACAGCAGAUAUUAUGGAUGCUAGAUUGCAUCUCAGCAUUAAACCUUCACUGAGAGAUAUACUUCUAUAAGUCAUGAAAAUUAUGUUUGUAAAUAGAGAAGUGAAUUAUGGACAUAAAAUGGUCAUGCCAUUUAGUUAAUGGCAUUAGGCAGCAUUUAUGUAAUAAUUAAUGACAUAUUCUUGACUAGCAAUAUAUAAAAAAGUUUUGUUUGCAGUAAAAUAUUCCCUUUAUUAAUGUUCUAGAAGGGAUACAGCAAGAAACUAACAAUCUGUAUGAUAAUUAGCCUCAACUAAUUUCUUUUGAUUUUAGUAUUUCCAGUUUUGGUUUGUUACCUUUUUAGAAGGACAUAAUGGUCUAAUAUAUUGAAGCCUAAUUAUGUUGGACUGUUUUGAUCUGGUGUAACUAUUAUGAUAGGCAUUUUUGGAUGUUGGGGGUGAGUUGAAUAGUCUUCCUGAAAUGGCACUGUAUAAUCUCCACUUUGGAGAAUAUGCAAAAUGAGAUUCCUAGUAGGAAAAGGUUUAUUUUUCCAGAGCUCCAGUACCUAUUAAAAUUUUUGUGUGGUUUUCUUUUUAAAAACUGUUUUUUGAAAAUUGGAUGUAUGGGUAGCACAUUAUUUAUACAUAAAAUCGUUUCUAAAGUAAGUGCCUAGGUAUUUAUUAUUUAAAAGUACUAAACAGAAAGUAUGAAGUAUCAGUUGCUUGGAAAGAAAUUACUUUGCUCACACAAACUACUGAAGUAGGAGAUAUAUUUAAAGAGAAAUGUUUACUUUAUACUUUGCUUAUUUUUAUAUUAUUUAUAAGUAAGUGUGUUAAGAAUAUUAAGUAACUCAUUUUUUUUUUAGGACAAAAUUUAGAAUUACAAGUUCUUAAGGUUAUAUAAUUAUAUAGUAAUAGCUAAAUUUUUAUUUCAGUAUUAGAAAAUAAAAAAGUGAAUGGAUUACUGGGCCAGGUGUUAGAAGACCUGAAUCCAGCUUUGUUCUUACUGAUAAAAUAAAGCUCAUUUGUAAACAUCAUUGAUUUAACAAUUAGGGGAAAUAUGUGUGUAAAGACAUUUGUAAAAUUACUUGAAGUUUUCAUUCUGUACUAUAUUCAUGUUUGCUUUAAUAUAAACUUGUUUAAAAUUACAUACUAUUAAGAAACAAGUUUCCUAUUGUGCUAGUUAGGGAGCAGCUUGCCUGUUGCUUUGAGGUCAUUAAUUUGGGGAAAUUGAGCUGAAACAAAGAGCUAACAUUGUAUCUCAGGUUUAACAUUCAGGCAGUUCUCUUAGCUGUCAGGAUUUCAUAUUUCUAUAAAGUAUUUGGUUGCAAAUGCUGUGAUUUUUAUCCACCCACAGCUUUCUAAGCUUUGUUGCCCACUGAGGGUGAGUUAUCCCUUUAAAGUUUGCUUGAGAGUGGCAUGGUACUAUGCUUUUAGGCUGCUAUUGUUUUAGCUUGUCUAGUUGAGACAUCUUCUGGGCAGUUAGCAUAACACAAAAUCACAAAUUGUCCAGACACUCACUACACAAUAUAUUCUCUCAUUGAUUAAGAGCAGUAUUGGUCUGGAAGUCAUAGAAUUUUUUUUUAAUAGGUACCUCUUAAAAAACCUUGUAAGAUUGCAGAAAAAAAUUCUCACAUGAGAAAAAAAAACUCAUUUCUUAAAAAUAGAAACCAGGAAGAUGUUUGCCCUGUAGUAGAAAGUUUGGAAGGACUAGCCUAUUAUCUCAUGAAGUAGACAGCAUUAUUUCAAUUUUAUAAACGGCAAAAUCUUAGGUGUAAAAUCUUGCCCCUUUAUCACACAAAACAGAAGAUGGAGGGGGCUGGGAUUUGUGUUCUUACCAGUCUGUCUCCAGCGUUGCUCUGCGUGUAUAUAGAAGGGAUUUAUUUAGAGCCUCUCAGAUUCCGUCUUCACAAGUCCUGGUGAUUGCUGCAACACUCACUUGACUGUGUUUUGGUUGCUUCAUCUGAAAAAAAAUGGAGAUGAUAAUAUGACCAACCUCAGGAUUUUUAUGAGGAUCUAAUUAGUUAAUACAUAUAGUCAUUUCAAGGCUACUAGUAUAGUAAGCUACUGUUAAAAUGUUAGCUAUUUAAGGUUGGUUGUGAGACCACACGAAACUCAGUAACAGCAAAGGGCUUUGACUUGGGAGAAAGAUGGAGGAUCUUAGGGUUUGGGGCUAGCUGUGUGAAAUUGAGUGCAGUGUACUUAGUCCACAAAUGGAUAUGUAUGGUUUAAAAUGUUAAUUUUCACCUUUAUGUCACCUGGCAAGUUCAGUUAUUAAGAGCAUCUCAUUCCGUGGACAUUCUCUGCUGUGAAGAUUGGGAGGGGGAAAUAUAUUUCUGGCUCAUCAGAUUAGUUAAAAAAAAAAACAAACAUCGCCCAUAAUUUUAAGGGCUAAUUUAUAUGAUACAAGGGAAGUUAUUUUUGCCCUCUGUCUUUUAGCUCACAUUUUAAAUGGAGAUCUGGAAAAAGACAUCAGAUUUUAAUUACUCAAUGUAAAUUCCAAUAUUGAAUGAAGACUAUACCUUGUAAAAAUUAAUUUAGCAGCCUGCUGAAUUAAGUGAAAAAAUAAGAGGAAAUAUAUAAAAAAUCAAUUUCAAAGGCUAUAGGAAGAAUUUUCCAAAGUGUCUAUUCUUUAUUGAUAUAAAGCAGAAUGGAAAAGUUAACCCACAUGUUUUACCCUGCGUGUGUUUACACUGAGUGUGUCAGUAGCCUUAUGUUGAUUUGAAUCAUUUUUGUGUCUGUUGCUGAAUUUCUUUUUAAAGAAGAAAUGACCUUUUCCUUAUCUUUUCUUACAUUCUGAAUGUAGCAAUCUCUAAUUUCUGGUGCCAUGGGGUGAGCCUCUAACUUAAGCUCUCCUUCUUGAACACUCUCCCUAGGUUUUGUAUAUUAACUCAAGCUAUCAUGCAGGGGUUGGGGGUGAUAUUUCCUCCACAUUACCUUCCCUGGGAUACCAACUACCUGAACUGAUUCUCUAGGUUCCCAUUGAUUCUGUGGCUUCCCUUUUAUCCUGCCAAUAAAGUUUCUUUUGCCAGUGUUUGUAACCAGAAAUCCUGAUUGACAGACAUCCCCAUCCUCUCCAGCAAGUCCAGGCAACACAUUUCUGUCAUAAUCUCUUAAGAAUGCAAGGACUGUUUCUUAUCCCAGGCACAUAGCAGGUACCUUUGGAGCAUUGAAGGUACUCAAUAAAUGUGACUAAAUGUAGCUAUUUUCUAGGUUUACUCCAGUUUACUUUUAAGAUAGCCAGUAACUUGGAAGAUAUUCAGAAUAAAUUAGCAGCAGAGAGACACAUUAGGAGAGGAAGCACCCUGUGUGUGACUUGACAUUAAUUAUGUCUGCACUGUUGGGAAGACUGGCUGGAGAACAGUGCUUGCCUUGGGCUGCAAAACUGAUUUUGCUGCUUAGGUCUAAUCGUCUAGUGGUGAUAUACCAACCUUCAUUUCUGGGUCUGGCUAGAGCAUUCACAUGUCAGGAAAUCCUGGGAAGAACUGAACAUGAGCCAUAGUUUUGGCAGGGUUCUUAAGUUUUGUCUGGAAUUUGCUUUGCUGAUAGAAGUAGUACUUCAGGAGUCACAGAGUCUAAAAUAGAAAUAAGGACAAUUGUGGAGAAUCUGUUAAAGAGUAUUGCUUCUCUAAGGGAAUGUAAACUAAUCAAAAAAAAUAAAGGAGCCUGGUCCCUUAGCAUUUUUGAGGAACUCUUUGUUUUCAGAAUGCCAGUUUUUAAAUAUUUGAUUUGUUUAAUAUAUUCCAGUAAAGUGUAUGUUUGGUUUGAUACCAAGCCAUGGACUCUGAAGAGAAACACCAAUGAAAAGUAUGCCAUGCUAGUCAGUGAGUUACCCCACACUGUUUUCCAGUGUACAUUUAAGGAUAUCAUUGCGUUUUAACUCUUCUGAUAUCAGGGAAUGAUGUGUAGACAGUGAGAAGUAGUUAAAGGCAGUCCACCUGAUUAAAAGGAUUCCCCAUUCAAAAUCAAAUGAUACAGCUUACUCAUACUGUGUGAAACUAUAUUAUUGUCCACUGAGUUUCUCUCUAAUACUCUCAGAUUCUUCAUGCUGCCAAAACACCAGAGCUAGUAGCUUUUUGACUUCAUAGAGACACAGUUUCCCCAUUUCCAGAAGAUAACAUUAGAAGAAUAUACAAUGGAAAUAAAAGUUAUGUAGGGAAAAAUAUCUCAAAGGAGAAAAUAUCCGGGUCUUAACCUCUCAGUUCCUUGGAUCACAUGUUUUCCAAGAGGUAGUACUGCCUUGUUCCAGAGUUGUGAGAGCUCAGUGGCACAGGAAUUAUUACAGUCAGGUACAACGCAUAUAUUAUCUCAUAAUAUUCACAACCCUUUAAGUUAGUCUUCAUUUUGCAGAUGAGGAACAUGAGAACAUGGAACUCAAUAGCUUCAUCCAUAUACUUGUCACUAACAAGUAGCAGAGCUUAAAUUCAGGUUCUGACAACCACUAGCUGAAAUCCCAAACAGCAUCUACCAUUAUUGGUGCUCAAUAUACAUAUGUUUAUUCAUUCAAGGAAAAAAAAAUCCAGCAGUAAGAGUCCUGGAGAAAAGGAUAGAUUUCAUGGAGUAGUUUAACUUGUCAAUCUAGAACGAACACUUUUUCUUACUCGUUCUUCCAGGACUGACAGGUGAUCAUCUACCCCAGGUUGAGUAUAAUUCAGACAGCAAAUUUAAUGAAAUGAAGGUUUUUUUUUUGAAAUUUACUUCAAAAAUUAGUACAGCAAUGUCAGUAAUUACAGUAUAAUUAUUGGAGGAAGUGUUCAUUUAGCACUUAAAUGAAUACUAAUCUUGUUAUCCAAAGAUUUUGAAAUUUUAUCAACAACUGUUUCAAUUGAGCAAUAAAAGUAUUAAU